UUAUCAAUUUGUCAUUCCUUUUGGCUUUUGAUCCUGAUAAGAAAUGUAAACGAAACAUGAAUAAUUUAAACAAUUUUAAAGUUCCAAGCAACUCGUUUUUAAGUAGUUUAUUAAACUGUGUAAAGCAUAAUGCAAUUCGUAAGAAAUUCGCUUUUGAAAACCUCGACUUUUAGUGCUACGUUAAGUCGAACAUUCAGCACUGCAAUACCUGAAAUUCGCAUUUAUGAAGUGGGUCCUAGAGAUGGUCUGCAAAAUGAGUCCAAAUUUGUGCCAACAGAAAUAAAAACUGAACUAAUACAUAAACUAGCUAAUGCUGGCAUAAAGGAUAUUGAAUCUGCAAGUUUUGUUAGCCCCAAAUGGGUGAAACAAAUGAGUGAUGGCAGUGAUGUUAUGAAAAGUAUCAAGCGAGUUCCAGGUGUUAACUAUCCAGUGCUGAUACCAAACUUGAAGGGAUAUGAAGCAGCUAAAGCAUGCAAUAUAGAAGAAAUAGCAAUAUUCCCUGCUGGCUCAGAGGGAUUUUCUCAAAAGAAUCUCAAUUGCUCGGUGGAGGAAGGUCUUAAGAGAUUCAAAUUGGUAGCUGACCAAGCUGUAAAGGAUGGCUUCAGAGUUAGAGGCUAUGUGUCCUGUGUUGUGGGAUGCCCCUACGAUGGUCCAAUCAGUCCAAAAACUAUAGCUAAGAUAACAGAAGAUCUGUUCGCGAUGGGCUGCUACGAGGUGUCGUUAGGCGACACGAUAGGUGUGGGCACGGCAGGCUCCGUGCGCAAACUCAUGCGCGAAGUUCUGUCCGUGACCACGCCUGACAAGAUCGCGCUACACUUCCACGAUACGUACGGACAGGGAUUGUCGAAUUUGUUAGCAGGAUUAGAGUUUGGAAUAAGGACCGUGGACUCGUCUAUAUCCGGGCUAGGCGGCUGUCCGUAUGCACGCGGAGCGAGCGGGAACCUUGCGACAGAAGACCUUGUCUACUUCCUAUAUGGCCUAGGCGUCAACACUAACGUCGAUCUAGUGAAGCUCAUCGAAGCUGGUCGAUACAUAUCCAACUUCCUAGCUAAACCAACCGAGUCUAGAGUCAACAGAGCUAUCGGCGACAGGAUUAAGAACCAUGAAGACAUCGUUAAAAUAGCAGCGUGCUCGCCUUAAGACAGAGGAUUUUAUUUUGUACCGGAAUUGUUUUAUGUAAAUAUGAAAUGUAUAUAUGUGUAAUAAACAAUGUUUAUAUUUCUA